CGGAGGCGGAGGAGGGGGAGGAGCUCCGGGCGGCGGCCACGCGGCCUGCUCCGACCUGCGGGGCCCGCGGCCGCAUGGCGUCUGCCUCCGCCGCGGCCCUUUCGGGCGGGGGGGCCCGGAACCUGCUCCGGUUCCUGCGGCUGGUGGGGCAGCUCAAGAGAGUCCCACGGACUGGCUGGGUAUACAGAAAUGUUGAGAAGCCAGAGAGCGUGUCAGAUCACAUGUACAGGAUGGCAGUUAUGGCUCUGGUGACCAAAGAUGAGCAUCUUAACAAAGACAGAUGUGUGCGCCUAGCCCUCGUUCAUGAUAUGGCCGAAUGCAUCGUUGGGGACAUAGCGCCAGCAGAUAACGUCCCCAAAGAAGAAAAACAUAGGCGAGAAGAGGAAGCCAUGAAGCAGCUGACCCAGCUCCUCCCAGAGGAUCUCAGGAAGGAACUUUAUGAACUUUGGGAAGAGUAUGAGAGCCAGUCAAGUGCAGAAGCCAGGUUUGUGAAGCAGCUGGACCAAUGUGAGAUGAUUCUGCAGGCAUCCGAGUAUGAAGACCUGGAGGACAGACCCGGGAGGCUGCAGGAUUUCUAUGAUUCCACAGCAGGAAAAUUCAGUCACCCUGAGAUAGUCCAACUUGUUUCUGAACUUGAGGCAGAAAGAAACGCCAAGAUAGCUGCUGCCCCUGGCACGCCGACCUCCUGACAUGUCCUCUCUCCUGCUGCACUCCUGUGACAGACAUCGUAGUUUUCAUUUUCGUGGCAUUGUGUUUAGCCGCUGUUGCCGUGUGGAUCUCCCAGAUGUGAGUCUAUUUUCCGUUGCCCGGACUCCAGUAAGAAACAUGUGAUGCAGCCCGGAUAAUAAAAGAAGCUGGGAAAGAGUGUGGUCCUGAAAAUGUCCUGAAAAGGCUGGAGGCCGUGGGGGGAAGCUUUGUAUGCACUAAAUAAAUAUUUAAAACCUUAA